AAAUAUUUACCUAAGCUCUUUGAAAAUUAAGAUAUUUUAAAAAUAUUUACCUGAACAUAAUAAUUUUCUUUUAAUAUUAUUGACUAUGAUUAUAUGAUAGAUAAAAAUGUGAUAAUUCUUUAAUUUUUAUUUCAUAAAUGAUAAGUGAAUAUAGUAAUGUAUAAUAAUAUUUCAAAACUAAUUACAAAAUUAGUGUAAAUAUUUACAUAUAAUUUUUGAAAAUUAAGAUCUUUUAAAAUAUUCUUAAGUAGCUUUUAUUAUAAUUUUAAUAUAUAUAUAUAUAUUUAAAAUGAAAAUGUAUCAAAAGAUAUUAUGAUUAAAGUAGUUCAAAAAUUAUAUAUAAUAUUAGUCUUAAUGAAAUACAUUUAAUAAAAAAUUUAAAUGAUGGUCUAACUUAAAAAAAUCACACAUGAAAUAAAUUUGUGACUUCUAUUUUAAUAGAAUAGAUGUGUAAUCAGAUAAAUCUAAAUAUUUGUAGUGUUGAGUAUUGACAACAAUAUCAAAAUAGGAGACAGUAAUGUUUUACAUUCAAUAAAAUAAUAGAACUCACUAAAUGUUUUAGCUUGUUUUUAGUUUGUGUUAUUUUUCUUGGAUUGUUUUCUUUCAGAUUUUUUGAGCAAAGGCAUUCUAUUUAUAUAAAAGGAGAAAGAAAACAUUACAAAUACAACCCAGAAGGGCAGUGAUUUCUAAGACACUAGCCCAGUUUAAUAAUCCAAUAACAUUAGAGAUAGCCCAGUAACAUCCCAUAAUAGACCAAAACAGAAAUUAAAGCCGAUUUAUAUCCUUGUCACUUUUUCUACAAAAUGCAAAUUCAUAUAUUUGUGUCUCACUUGCAAGAGAGACUAUUACUAUAUCAGUUUUCAGUUUAUCGUUCAUCUAUAUAAAAUAUGGUCCUUUGUUCAAGAUCUGCCCCUCAUAAUCUUAGUAAAGGAUUUAUUUAUGUUUAAAAGUUAAGAGCUGCAAUGAUAAUGUUUGCAUGCAGUCUAAUAUGAACGCACUUUAAACCCUUACAGAGGAGACAUCAAUAAAAAAAAGUAAAGUUCAAAAGACAAAAGAAAAGAUUAUGGAAAGGAAACAAUAAUUUUAAAAAUACAAAAUAGAAUAUGAUUUUCUAGUAUAUUCUAUACCAAACACGUCCAAGUAUUAGUUAUAUAGCUGUGAUCAGAGGCCUAAUGUAAAGAAGUAAUAUACGUUACCAGUCCGAUUGAUUAAUCAAGUCACACGAGAUAUCAAAAAGUUAUAUGAAACAAGGGCCAGAAACGCCAUCUGUAAAUUCAAUCCAGCAAGAAAUGAAACUCCUCACUUUAAUAUAUUGCCUUUGUGUAAGCAAGUGCACCCACACUUAAGUUCCAUUUCAAGUCACACCUACUAACUAUUGAUUGUGUUUCAGUUUUGCUUAACUUCUAAUAUCAACCCAUUAUUUAAAAAAAAAAUAAUAAAAUCACUAGAACUUAUUCCGUGAUAAAAGAUUUGAAAGAAGCCGUACAAGACAUACACUAGGAAAAGUAGUUUUUUCAUAAACGUGAAAUUUGUUGUCAUCUUUUUUUUCUUCUUUUCCUUCUUAAAAUUAUGGGCAAACGAACGAGUUCUAGACAAGUACAUGUGAAUUUCAUACAUUUUAAAACAACAACCGUGCUGUUUAUAUGAUGUUUCACCUUCUACUACACUCAGACUAUCUCUAAUGUAUUUUGAUUUUUUUUUAUAAAAUAGAGAAUCUUUAUAAUAGAAAUUGAGUUUUCUCCGAUGUAUUUUUCUAAAAUAAAGAUCUUCGAAUAUAGAGUAAAAUGUAGAAGAAUAAUAUUUUUCCAUUAUAAAUAGAGAAAAUCUAUCGAUCUCUAUUUCAAAAGAAGAAUUUUGCCUCUAAAUCUUAUUAUAAAGGUAAAUAUAAAGUUGAAAAUACACUUAUAAUUCAUGAUUGUUUUGUAGGUUUUGGAGCUUUAAUGUUCAAACACUAUUCGUCUUGAUUACUUAUUUUUCCUCCCACCAUAGUUAAAUAAGUUUCUAUGUAACACAAGAAAUGCUGAACAAUCAACAAAGAAAUUUUUAUUUUCGACAAUUUAUACUUUUAAAUCAAGUUUUGGCCGAUAAAAAACUUCUACGUGUAACCAUUCCUAUCGAUUCAAUCUAAUUUAUAUGAGAGAAUAAAGUGUUUCGUGUUCUAGAUUCUUUAGCAAAUAGCAUUUGUACGGACAUUAAAAACACGGAAAAUAUAGCAAACACUAAAGCGUUAUAUAUACUAAACGAAAAACCAUCUAUUUCCGAAAAGGUCGGCCAGUCUACCGGAUUCUUAAAUAUCUCCAUCAACUAAUAACAAAUAACUGAAAUAAUUAAAUAACCAAAAAUAAAUAUCUUGGGAAUCUUUGGAGUUGCCAAUGUGCAUGUUGGAAGAUGAUACACAUAUUAAAAUUUUUAUUUCAUUAAGGUUUUAAUGUUUUCGGUUAUAUAUAUGCAGAUCUUGGAUUACAAGGUUCUAUGAUUAUUUUUCAGAAUUACCAUCCAUUUUUUAAAAAAAUGUAGCAAAUGAUUUGUACUCUACAAAAUCAAAAACUUAAAUUAAGGUUGAGUGUAAUAUUUACUACACCAAUAUUGAGCAAACCGGAAAUGAGAGGCUGAAAGAGAACAUAGAAAAUGAUCCAAAACGGUUGAAAUUGAAUCAUGAAGGAUGAUGGUUCGAACCAAACUUUACCAUCAUUGUGAAUCUUUAUAUGACAUUCUACUACAUAUAGCUAGCUCACUCACUCCUACAAAAAUGAUGAAAUUAUCUUUAGGACUAGUUCCCUUAUAACAAAUUAUCUUCUGUUUAGAGGAUGCAUAUGAUGAAGAGCCGAAAAUGUUUGAGAAGGGGUAUUUGGAAGUUACAAAGAUGUUCUUAGAAAAAUGUAUAUCCCUAAAUUUUAUUUCCAUUUAUUAUCCGUUUUAUUUUGAUUUGAAAAACUCAAAUAUUCGUAACUUUAAGAAAAGUACAACAAAUAUGAAUUUUAAUUUUUGUUAAAAAUCAAUUAAAUCAAAAAUACUAAUAUUUUAAAAAUUAGAUAUCUGAUUCAACAUACAUAUAAUUAUAUUUAUGUAUAAGUUUUAAAAUAUAUUUUUAUUAAAUUGGUUAUUUAAAUAUUAAUAUUCAAGAUAGGCUGUUGGUGAUGCUACAAAUCUCGUACAACAAUCACAUUGGUCUCUACAGGAAUCUUCAUGAAGCUUGGCAAUUGAAGUUAUGUGGUUUAUUUAUCUAGUUUAGCCACCAAGUUGGCAGUUUGUAAUGCUAAUGAAGCUGUAAAAGCUAUGAACUAUUGUAGAGAUCUUCAAGUUUAAGUAAUGGAAAACAUGUUUGCACAAAAAAGAAAGAUACUAAAUUUAGAUUUUAUAUUUCAAUUUUUAGUUUUGAAUUCCAAAAUUUUUUACACACUAGAUUAAAUCUUAGAUCAUCUCCAAUGGGGAUUUUUCUCAUUGGAUUUCUUAAUAUAUGUAUUAUGUAUAUAUAUAUAUAUGUAUAUUAUAUAUAUAUAUAAUAAUUGUGGGGUUCACAAUUAUUGUGGAAUCUCGUAAAUAAAGGUUUUUAAAGAUUUUUAAAAUUCUCUUUUAAAAACUCUUACUUAUAGGAUUCAACAAAAAUUAUGGAUCCCACAAUUACUUAUACAUAUAUAAUAUAUACAUACAUAUAUAUACAUAAUACAUAUAUUAAGAACCCAAUAAAAAAAACUUCCCACAAUUACUUAUACUUAUAUAAUAUAUACAUACAUAUAUAUAUACAUAAUACAUAUAUUAAGAACUCAAUAGGAAAAACUCCAUUGGAAGUGUUCUUAAAUACUCGGUAGAAAUAUAAAUUUUCAGAUAUCCAAACAUCAAAUUUUUUUACACAUUUACGCAGUUGAUACAAAUGUUGAUUUGGACAAAAUGGAACGGCUCAUAAAUACUUUCAAAUUUUGGAUAUCCACUUUGUUACCACCACUAAAGAUCAAUUUCGAAAGAAGAGCAAGCAAAGCAAGAAACCCCCUUCAUCUCUCUAACUUCUUUCUCUUUAAUAAAUCAUCAUCAUUCACAUGACGCAAUAUGCAUACAUCUUUUCUCUCUCUCUCUCUCUCUCUCUUCUCGCGGCCGCCAUCUAUGCAUAAACACAACACAACGCAUGAUUGUUGUGUCAGGAGAGAGAUAAAGAACCUUCUCUCUCUAGCUUUUGGGGAUCUAUAUAACAGACAGUGUCUCCCUUUGUUCUCUUUGUCCCUCUACCUUCUAUACACAGUAGCGUCUCUCUCUCUCUCUCUCUCGAUUAACUCUGCAUCUCAACACUCCUUCCCAAAAGCAAGCAAUCAAUGGAGAGGCUAAACUCGAAGCUGUAUGUGGAGAACUGUUACAUAAUGAAAGAGAAUGAGAAGCUAAGGAAGAAAGCUGAGCUUCUGAACCAAGAAAAUCAACAGCUUCUGGUUCAACUCAAACAGAAACUCUCCAAGGCUAACAAGAACCCUAAUGGAUCAAACAAUGACAACAAUGUCUCUUCAUCAAGCUCUGCUUCUGGAAAAUCCUGAAUUAUAAUUAAGAAAUGUUAGAGCAAAGAAUCUGGAAUUGGAAGGAAAAAAAGACUCAACCGUAUGGACUUUUUCUUUGGUUAUUUCAUUUGGUGUUAAUGUAGGGAAGAUAGUAGUAGUAUCCAGUAGUUUUUAAUGAAAGAAGAUUCUCUUCUAUUACAAGAAGACAGUGUCUCUGUAUUAGUCUUCUCAGUCAUAUUUUACUUUGUUUCUGUUUUCGAUGUUAAUUAAAGAACUUUCUUUGCUUUCUUGUGUGGGGUUUGGGUUUUAGGAUAUGGUUGAUUCUUGGACUAACAUUGUACCUCUGCUCUAUCAAAUAUUUUCUCAUGUCCA